AUGUCUCUUAAGAUCGAAAGACUGGUUGACGAAGACCGCCGUCCCGAACCGUUUGCAAUCGAAACCUCGCGUCUGAUCCUUCUGCCUUCUUAUCUUGCUAUUGAAAAUCCUGCCUAUCGUCAUUUGUACUCAUCGUUACACGGCAUGGCUAAGUUUACAACAAUGGCUUUCGGUCCUGACUGGGGGAUCAGACAUUGGGAUAACAAAGCCAUCUCUUCCAUCAUCCAACGUGAAAUCGACGCAUCUUGGCGCGUCCGAGGAAUCGGGGAUUUUGCUGUUAGUUUGCGACACAACAUUCCCGUCCCUUCUAGCGAGAAGACAGUCACAAGCCAAGACUUGAAGGUUCUGGAGAUGUGCAAGGCACAGGAACUAGAAGAUGUAGAGUGGAUAGGCUACGUAGGCGUCCGCGAUGCAACAACUACGUCUAUGCCCAGGGCAGAAACUCAUCAUCCUACGUUACGGCCAUGGAUUCAGAUGGUCGAGCUGCGAUACGGGUUCCAUCCGGAUGUUUGGGGCAAAGGGUAUGGUAGUGAAGCUGCAGAAGCAGUGAUGUGGUGGUGCGAGAAGCAUAUCGGAGCGCAAAGGUUCGUCGCAGAGACAGAGAUUGCGAAUGUGGGGAGCGGCAGGAUAUUGAGAAAAUCUGGGUUUGAGGAGAUAUGUGAGGACAAGGAAGUGAUAUGGGGUCUGAGAGGAAAGAAGGAGUGGGAGCGGUGGGCAGCUGGCAUAAGUCGUCCAGAACGUGGUCCUAUCAUUCAGCCGGAUUCUCAACCGGACCCAUAG